UGUUUCUCCAUACUUAAUUCACAAAGCCUCAUCUCUUCUUCUAGUUCUACCAUGUUUGGCUCGCCGGAACACAAAGCCUCUGGCGACAUCGUUGCCGACGCCUGGGACUACAGUGGCCGCCCCGCCGUCCGAUCCCGCACGGGCGGCUGGACCUGCGCCGCCAUGAUCCUAGUGGUGGAGCUCAACGAGCGACUGACGACGCUGGGGAUCGCCGUCAAUCUGGUCACCUACUUGACUAAGACGAUGCACCUGGGUAAUGCCGCCGCUGCCAACACCGUCACCAACUUCAUGGGCACCUCCUUCAUGCUCUGUCUCCUAGGCGGCUUCGUCGGCGAUACCUUUCUCGGCCGGUACCUCACCAUCGCCAUCUUCACCGCCGUUCAAGCCUCCGGGGUGACGAUCCUGGCGAUCUCGACGGCGGUGGAGGGGAUGCGGCCGGCUCCGUGCACGGCGGACGGCGUGUGCGAGAAGGCCACUGGGGCACAGCUGGGCAUGCUCUACUUGGCACUCUACACGACUGCGCUCGGCACCGGGGGCCUCAAAUCGAGCGUCUCUGGCUUUGGCUCCGACCAGUUCGACGAGGCCAACAAGGAGGAGAAGGUGCAGAUGCAGAAGUUCUUCGAUUGGUUUUUCUUCUUCAUCAGCUUCGGAUCACUGCUCGCCGUCACCGUCUUGGUCUACAUCCAGGAUCACAUCGGGCGCCCGUGGGGGUACGGUAUCUGUGCCGCGUCGAUCGCGCUGGGACUGAUGGUCUUCCUCGCCGGCACGCGGCAGUAUAGAUUCAAGCAGUUGGUGGGGAGCCCGCUAACACAGAUCGCGACAGUGGUGGUGGCGGCAUGGCGGAAGCGGGGGAGAGAUUUGCCGUCGGACCCUACGUUACUGUACAUCGGCGCAGCAGAGGAGGAGAAGGGGACGCCGGAGAAGAACGGGAGGCAGAGGUUGCAGCACACUGAUCAGUUAAGGUUCCUGGACCGGGCCGCCAUUCCCGACGCCCCCGCUGCCGGCCGACAACCGUCGGCGCUGCGGCCUAGCAAGUGGCGGCUCUCGCCGCUGACUGACGUCGAGGAAGUCAAGAUCGUGGUCCGGAUGCUGCCCAUCUGGGCCACCACCAUAAUGUUCUGGACGGUGUAUGCCCAGAUGACCACAUUCUCGGUGGCCCAAGCGACCACCAUGGACCGCCGCAUCGGGUCCCACUUCCAAAUCCCCCCGGCCUCCCUCACCGUCUUCUUUGUCGCCUCCAUCCUCGCCACCGUCCCCGUCUACGACCGCCUCAUCGUCCCCCUCGCCCGCCGCCUCACCGCCCACCCCAAUGGCCUAUCCCCCCUCCAGCGCAUGGCCGUCGGCCUCCUCCUAUCCAUCCUCGCCAUGGUCGCCGCCGCCCUCUCAGAGACUAAGCGCCUCCGCGCCGCCCACCGCGGGGCAGUCCCUGUCAGCGUCUUCUGGCUCGUGCCGCAGUUCUUCCUCGUCGGUGCCGGCCAGGCCUUCACCUACAUCGGCCAGUUGGAUUUCUUCCUCAGGGAGUGCCCCAAGGGGAUGAAGACCAUGAGCACGGGGCUGUUCCUGAGCACGCUCUCGAUGGGGUUCUUCGUCAGCUCCGCGCUGGUGGCAGUGGUGCACAAGGUGACGGGGACCGGCGGCCACGGCGCGUGGCUCGCCAACAGCCUCAAUCAGGGGAAGCUCAACAACUUCUAUUGGCUGCUGGCAGUGCUGUCCGGCGUCAAUUUGGCGCUGUACCUCCUCGCCGCCAAGGGGUACAUUUACAAGGAGCAGCGCUAUUCGGUGGAGGAUGAUGGCGUCACCGGCGUGGAGUUGGCCGAGGAGGCCUGCUACCAAGCGUAGACGAUAUAGAUACGUAUCUUUUUAAUUUGCUACUUGUUUUUGUUUUGCUGGUGUAUAAUUGGCAACGCUUUGUCUCUCUUAUAACUAACCAUCAACUGCUUUGUCGUUGUCUAAAUUUUAUGAUUUUAGUAUAUAAUCAUAAAACUAGUUUGAUUAAAAAGGAAAUUAUAUUCCGACCCUUCAGAUC